GGUUGUGAAAUCACCCCACCUUCCGAAAACACUCAGACUUGCACUUGCACUGACACUCAUCCUCAUCCUCAUCCUCACACUUCACUUCACUUCGCACUCACACCUCACUUCCCCUUCACCUAAAUUAAAAAGGCACGGACUGACCCCGCUACGUACAUCCGCCGAUACGCCCAUACCUUCCUUCCCUCGUCACCUCACGAUUAAUCAGUAUCGAAUCUUCAUUCACUUGUACUCCAGCACUCUGUAUUUCAAACAUCUAUCAUCUCACAGUGCAAUCCAUCUAACAACAUCGAGUAUUCUCCGCACUGCUCUGUCAUAUCAGAAACAUUCGACACAACCCAGCGAUAUAUAUCUUUCGUGGACCCCACUGGCUACGUUGUGAAUCCAUGGUUCUUGGAUCGAGUGUCCAUGUGCGACGACUUCCUGCUGGGUUUCAAUGAUUCUAAUUCACUCAGAGAUAGUAUUUGAGCAUAUAUACUCGUCACUUUUCCACCAUCUGCGACUUUCAAUACAUCCACAGUCUCCUCCUCAUCUACAAUCUCUUGCAACUCUAAAAUCAAAUCUAUAACUCGAGGACCCUCGGCACAUCCGAUACAGCGAAGAGAUGGGAAGCGCAGCAGCAAAUCUGCUUGGCAGACAAUUGAAAGAAAUCCAAAAGGCAAAAGAUUUACCAGGCAUAAGCUGCGGGCUUGUGAAGGACAAUAUUUUUGAAUGGGAUGUUAUGCUCAUGUUGAGCGACGAGUGCAAAUACUAUGGCGGAGGCAACUGGCGCUGUCUUCUCUCUUUUCCCGAAAACUAUCCACAUGCACCUCCGACGCUUACCUUUUGCGAUCCAAUUCCCUUCCAUCCAAACAUCUACGCGGAUACAGGUGUUCUCUGUAUAUCCAUUUUACAUCCAUCGGGAACAGACGACUUUGGAUACGAGGACGCAAGCGAACGAUGGACUCCAAUUCAAACACCAGAAACUAUCUUAUUAAGCGUGGUCAGUCUCAUGAACGAUCCAAAUGAUAGUAGUCCAGCAAAUGUGGACGCGGCAAAGAUGUGGAGGGAAGCACAAGCAAACCCCAAGGGCAAAGAGAUGAGAGAGUGGAAGUCAAGAUGCAGGGCACUAGUCAGACAGAGCUUGGGGGAUUAAUGCGGAAUGUUUUCUUCCUUUUUGAGGGGAUGGUUGGUUAUGAUUUGAGGUAGAAAUGCUGUUGGGGAGAUGACCUCUGAAAGCUUAGGGGGAAGUAAGUUGUUUAUUUAGGAGUUUCAUCUACGAUUGUAGUACAGCGUAGGGGCUGACGUUGAUUGUGGAGUUGCAUGCCCUAUACCUUUCGUGAGAACACAGCAUAGCGCAAUGGGACGAAGAGCGUAUUAAUAUCCAAAUAUUUUUGAAAGUUCGGAAAUCUAUACCUGUGACUUGUCGAUGGUACUGGAAAUGGGAACAAAUCAGUCUAUCACAAUCCUUCAAGUCAGGGCUAUCGAUUGGUGUGUAGCUUAGUUGGUUUUUCAUGACUGUAUACAUGGCACCGGGUGUUGAUAGCCUGGUAAUUUUCGAUUCUAUGGACUUAAAUUCAGUCGAGAAGAAUUGCUAGCAAAGAAGCCCCCAUCCUUUCAGUCUCUGAAUCUUCAUUCUCAACA